UGGGUUCCUCAGCCCCGUUGGGGCCCCACUCAGCUCUCGCAUAAGUUUCCGUUUCCUGGAACUGGACUCCGCCUAGUCCGGGAUCAGAUUCACUUCUCGGUUUCCUUUUCCCGCUCGGGUCCUGCGUUUAACAAAGCCCACGCCUGGGCAGCGACCUCGCGCCGCCGACGCCCCGCGGGAAGCGCGCGCCGCCCGCCCGCACUCCCCGCGCACGCGCACACGCCCGCCCGCGCGCGUCCCGCCGCUCGGCAGCUGGGGAGCCCAGUCCUGAGGAGAAAGCCCGAGGGGACAGCCGCCCCUCUCCCCCUCCCGGACGGCCCGCAGCGCCCAGCCACCAUGAGUGAAAUUCCUAAGGACUCCUUGAAGGCCCUUCUGUUGGAGUUAGAAUGUCACUUUACAUGGAAUUUACUUAAGGAAGACAUUGACCUGUUUGAUGUGGAAGAUACAAUUGGGCAACAGCUUGAAUUUCUUACCACAAAAUCCAGACUCACUCUUUAUAACCUAUUGGCCUAUGUGAAACACCUAAAAGGCCAAAAUCAAGAUGCCCUAGAAUGCUUGGAACAAGCAGAAGAAAUAAUCCGGCGAGAACAUUCAGACAAAGAGGAAAUACGAAGUCUGGUCACUUGGGGAAACUAUGCCUGGGUAUAUUAUCACAUGGACCAGCUCAAAGAAGCUCAGAAGUAUAUAGACAAGAUAGCAAACGUUUGUAAGAAAUUGUCUAGUCCUUCUAACUACAAGUUGGAGCGUCCUGAGAUUGACUGUGAAAAAGGGUGGGCACUCUUGAAAUUUGGAGGAAAGUAUUACCAAAAGGCUAAAGCAGCUUUUGAGAAGGCUUUGGAAGUGGAACCUGACAAUCCAGAAUUUAACAUUGGCUAUGCCAUCACGGUGUAUCGGCUGGAUGAUUCUGACAGAGAGGGGUCUAUAAAGAGCUUUUCUCUGGGUCCUCUGAGGAAAGCUGUUACCCUGAACCCAGAUAACUCCUACAUUAAAGUUUUUCUGGCACUAAAGCUUCAAGAUGUACAUGCAGAAGCUGAAGGGGAAAGGUAUAUUGAAGAAAUCCUGGACCAAAUAUCAUCCCAACCUUAUGUCCUUCGUUAUGCAGCCAAAUUCUACAGGAGAAAAAAUUCCUGGGACAAAGCUCUUGAACUUUUGAAAAAGGCCUUGGAGGUGACACCAACCUCUUCUUUCCUGCAUCACCAGAUGGGACUUUGCUAUAGGGCACAAAUGAUCCAAAUCAAGAAGGCCACGCGCAACAGACCUAAAGGAAAGGAUAAACUAAAAGUUGAUGAGCUAAUUACAUCUGCUAUAUCUCAUUUCAAAGCAGCUGUGGAAAGAGACUCUAUGUUUGCAUUUGCCUACACGGAUCUGGCCAAUAUGUAUGCUGAGGGAGGCCAGUAUAGCAAUGCUGAAGACAUUUUCCAGAAAGCCCUUCGUCUGGAGAACAUAACUGAUGAUCACAAACAUCAGAUCCACUAUCACUAUGGCCGCUUUCAGGAAUUUCACCGCAAAUCAGAAAGUACUGCUAUCCACCAUUAUUUAGAAGCCUUAAAGGUCAAAGACCGGUCGUCCUUACGCACCAAAUUGACAAGUGCUCUGAAGAAAUUAGCUAUCAAGAGACUUGGUCACAAUGCUUCAGAUGUGCAGAGUUUAAGUGCCCUAGGGUUUGUUUACAAGCUGGAAGGAGAAAAGAGGCAAGCUGCUGAGUACUAUGAGAGGGCCCAAAAGGUAGAUCCAGAAAAUGCAGAAUUCAUUACCGCUCUCUGUGAACUUCGACUUUCUAUUUAAAUACAUACUCUAGGAGAUUAGUUAUAAGCUUUUGUCUCCAUUUUGGGUUGUAUUUUUUGUUUAUUAUUUUAAUCCAUUGUUCAUUAUAGAGCCAAUUCUUUUGAAUGAUUAUUAUGUACUAAGCAUUAUGCUAAAUACUAUUUUAUAUACGUAAUGAUGAAUCUUUUUGCUGUUUUCUUCUCUUUUAAAUUCAUAUAAUCCUUUGAGAAACAGAAACAUUUCAGCUCUUAUAACUCUUAAAAAUGGUUUGGUCAUUAUGACUUUAUACCCUUUAUCUUUGUUAUUUAUAAUAAGUUUUUAUUAAAUUUUAUCAAAUUUCCCAUAUUAUUCACACAGUGAGUAUAAUUCUGCAUAAAUGCUUGACACCUAGGUCAGGAAUAUUCUUUCAGCAGAAUUAUAUUAUUUAAGCUUUUAACUGUGUAGCUUGCAGAAGAUGAACCCUUCAGUUACAGAUGUUCUCACUUUGAGAACCUGAUAGUCACCUAAAGAAUCCUCUUGGGUGAAAGAAAAAUGUUCAUAAUAAUAAAAAACUUGUUAUCUAUGGUGACUUUAAUAAAAGGAGAAAAAUCUAGAACAGGAAAAAAAAUUUCUUUAAAUACAGAACUAAGGGACCCAUGAGAAAUCACAAGCAUUAUCUCCCAGAAUGUUCAUUAAGUAGCUAGAAAUAGUUGUGAGAAAAAAAAUGAAUGGAAAAUCAUAUCUCAAGUUUCUCUGGUUCUUUUAACUAGAAGAAUGAACUUAAACUAAUCUAGAUGAAAUUAAUUUUAAUCUUUCACAUUAAAAUUGCAGAAUUUUUAGGUUAAAAUCGUUAAGCUUGAAAGCAGACUAAUUAGGAAAUUGGGAGAAAUGAUAGACAAAUGGGUAAAAUAGAUGUCCCUAACAUACAUCCCUAGAUUACCAAGAUUUCAGUGAUUUGGGUUUCGGUCUGGACUGGAUCAUUCUCAUACCCCCAAUUUCUGGUCUUUGGUUCACUAUUUUAGUAUUCUAAAGUUACUUCUGUGAAUCUUUUUCUUUUGUCUAAAGUUUUCAGAUUGACAUGUUUUCCUAUAGAUCCUUUCAGUUUUAAUAUCCAUCUUGAAGGGUCACUGCUUAAGGGCACUUACCCCAGGGGACAUUGUUAAUUGGGAUAUUGCUAAAAGUAGCAUCUCUAAUGUUUCUUCUUUGAUUAUGGACUACACAAUUAUAUUUACCACCACAGUAUUAGUGGGAAAGUGUGCCAUGUGAUUUAAUUCUCCAUACCUCUACUGUAGCUCUUAAAACUACUGUAUAUAUGCUUGUGUGUUUUUUACUUUUUGUUACUUUUUAAAUUUUUUUUCCUGUUAUGGUUUUGAUUAUUAUAAAAGUAAUGAAUUCUCACUGUAAAAUUUCAAACUCAGCAGAAGCAUAUGAAUUUAAAAUAAGAGCACUCCCCUCACCCUUCCCUAAUUCUAUGCCCCCAUGGUAAUCUGUUAACAAUUUAAUAUGUAUCCUUCCAGAUAUUUUUUCAAUGCAUAUUCAAACAUACAUCCAUACUACAAUGUAUUUCAUAAAUUAAAUUUUUAAAAAUGUUUGUUUUACUUAAGCCCCUGCUAUUUUUGUUUAUUUUGCUCAUUUGCUUAUUCAAGAAAGAAGAAUGGGAAGGGGAUGAUCUUUACUUAAGUAUUUCAGAAACUUGGGACUGAAGUCCUGACCUAUCAGUAGAAGCUUGUGUUACACUCUGCAGCAAAUAUUUUAUUUUGCAGCAAGUCAUUUUCCCCCACUGGGAAUAAUGUGAUUAAGGUUAUAUUCCCAAGUAAGGAAUUUGCACACAAUGUAAUACAGUUAUGAUAUCAAAACAACGACACAACUAUAAGCCUCUAUUUAAAUACUGAGUCUAUUAAGUGACUUUAAAAUUCACUAGAGGGGCGCUUGGGUGGCUUAGUCAGCUGAGCAUCUGACUCUUGAUUUUGCCUCAGGUCAGGAUCCCAGGGUCAUGAGAUAGAGUCCCACGUGGGACUCCACACUGAGUGUGGAGCCUGCUUAAGAUUCUUUCCCUCUCUCUCUCUCUCUGUCUCUCCCCCUGCCCCUCUCUCUCAUGCUCACUCUCUAAAAAAAAUAAAUAAAAUUCACUAGAUAUUAUAACAUACCAACAUAUAAGAAGUCAUAAACACCAAGAAAGUAUAAAAUUGGUAUAUGAAAAAUACAACUCUAUAAAACACUGAACUAAAAUUAGUAUGCUUAUAAUAACUGUAAGUUUUGUCACUAAUUUUGGGCUUGCCUUCCUAAAAAUUAAAACUAUGUAGAGAUAAUUUCAUAGAGUCUUAGGUUCUAAAAAGACCUCAGAGUUCAUUCACCUUUACCAAUUAACCAUCAAAACUUGGAGCUUGAAUUAUCUUCCUAAAUGAUAAUUUCAUCUUCAGAUAGUCCUAAUCUUAGAAAUUUGUUCCUUCCAUUUAACUGCAUACUUUUGGCCUGAAGUAUAUACAUUUUGGUCUGUCUUUAGGGGCCUCAAAGAUCUAAUCCUUUUUAGAGGUGACAUUUUGUAUCAAAACUCUUGAUUGCAGGUGGCAUAAAACCUAGCUCAAACUGACCUAAGCAAAAAUGGGAAUGUAAUGGCUAUUGUAAUUUAAUAGUCUAGGGGCAGUACUAGGUUCAGAUAAAUUUGAGGGGACGAGUCACCAAAUACAUAUCAGUGGCUAUUAUUGUAAGUCAAGUGAUGCUGAGUAGCCAAAAACCAAGUGUCUACUAUAUAUGUCUAAAAGUAUUUGAAGACAAUUGCUCUCUGUCCCCUAAGAAUUCUUUAAGUUAAGCAUGCUAUUUUCUUUCAGCCCACCCCCAUCUCCAUCAUGGUCAGUUUUAGUUCUCUCCAAAUUGUCUUUAUCCUUUGCUAAUGGUUUGUGCUCAAAGUUUAACUUAAUACCCAAACUGAGGUUUUAGGACUAUAGUAGAAUGAUCCUUUCUUUUUUCUAUGAACUAUACUCCUAUUAAUGUGGCCCCAACCAAAAUAUCUCCUUGGUAUCUACCCAUGUGUAGGUUUUUCCACCCAUACCAUUUAAAGGUAUGUUUUUCAUAUCCUAUACCUGAGCAUUUGGCUUUUAAAAGUGCUUUAUGUCACUUGGUAGCAUUCAGCACUUCAAUUCAGAUAACCCAUACCUCUUUAAAAAGUUGAGGAGAAGUGUAUAUAUAAAAUGCUAGUCAUUGCAAAUAACAACAGAUAAUGGAAUCCUAACUGGUCUUUAAAAUAGUAGCAGAAAUAAACCUUGUUUUCAAGCAAGACCUAAUCUUAAGAGGUGUGACCAAGACAUAAUCACUCUACUCAGCUCUGAUCAGAUUUGGCUCCAUUCUGAGAAAGCUCCAUCUUUGUGAUACUAAGAUGGCUGCUGCAUGUACUCUUAUCCCAAUGCAGUGGAAAAGAGUGUAUUUGCUCUCCCAGCCGCUUAAGAAGUCUAGUUUUGCUCUCUGAUAGGACUGCCUUAAGUGAUGUGCCAUUCUCAAAUCAGUCAUCAUGGCCAGGGAGGAAGUUAUGCUCAUUAGUUAGGCCUGAGACACAUAGCUGACCCUGAACGAAGAAUGGGGAGAAAAUGGACUCCCCUAGAAGCAUAUGGAUUGCAAGCUGCAGGGGUGAAAUUUUCAGGAAAAUUGGUAGUGGAUACUGACAGCCAAAACACCAUGGGUAUAUAGAUUCAAAUUAAUACCUUCUAACUCCACUCCAUACAUUUCUCGGUAGCAAGUAAAAUAUUUUGGAAAGGAGUUACAGUCAUUCUUAUCACUGAAGCCCCCAGUAAACUUUCUGAUGGGAUCCCAAGUGCUGUGUCUCCUUAUUCUGGUUCUCCUAAUCCUCUUUUUUAUUCCUUCAGAUCUGCACUCCACCUUGGCAUCAUAGGGGGCAGCCUGGUAAGGGGGUGGUAUAUGGAAGAUGGAGGAAAGGAAGAAGUCAAACUCACACUGUAGUGAUGGCUACCAACUGUAAUUCAGACAACUUCAAAAAAUAAAACAACCAGAGGCAUUAUGGACUGUGUUAAUUGAAUAAACUAUAUCCAGUAAAGCUGAGCAGCCCUUGAAAGGGCCAUCACCAGCUUAUUCACCAGCUGCUGUGAGGUCUCCAGGUCUUGAACAUGACUAGUUCAAAUUCAAGGUGACAAAAGUAGAGAAUAAGAGUGGGUAUGGAAAUAUCUGGACAUCAAAGCCCAAACAGAUUACAUACAUGAGAUAUAUACUAAAUUAGCAUUACGGUUUUUAAGUUCCCUAGGUGAAAUUAUUGUACUGCAAAGUUUGAGAGCCUCUGGCCUAAAAUAUGGAAAAUAAGGACAGAGAAUAUAUUCUCUAUCCAUCAUCUAUCUAUCUAUCUAUCUAUCUAAUCUAUCUAUAUUACUAAGCUACUAAGUGAUGAGACUAGGACUUAAAACCAAACCCAACCUAAAUUUGUAGUCUACUCUCUCUCCAUCGUAUCAGUGGUUCACGACCCUAACCCUAAAUUAGAGUCACUGAUUAAGCUUUUUAAAAAUAAAAUUCCUAGGUUCCCCCCACAGACUACUAAACUAGAACCUCUAGGGGCGAGAUCUGGAAGUUUACAAAUUUACAAAGCACCCAAAGUGAUCCUGAGGAUUAGCCAGGUAGGGAAAUGGCUAUUACAGCCUACAACACCACUGGUGGGUGGCCUUGUUGUUGUAUAUCCUAUGCAUUUCAUUUGCAACUAGCAAUCCUAAGGGCAACUGUAUAUGUGUUAGGUGAAAGUUAACAGUCCAAAUUUAGACACAAUUCUCAACCUGUUAUGUGCAAGCUCUCCAAAUAAAGAGGUUAGGGGAAAUAACUGAAGGAAAAGCAAGAAUAAUGAUCAAUCGGGUUUGGGAAGGGUCUUGCCUCAGAAUGUCAGCCUAACUUAGAAUUCUGGAGCCACAUCAGCUAAAGUAGAAUCAGAUAACCUAGGAUUACCUUGAAUCUCUUCCCAAAAUUCUGCCUCAUCAAUUAUAUGAAGAGUCUCUUCAAAAUCCAUCAGAGUUGCCCACUAAAAGUUUCCAUCUCUCCUUCUGUCUCACGUGCAUAUAUACCUUAGCCCUUUCCACUGCGAAAUUGGAUUUUCAGGAUCAGCUCUCUUUUUCCCCCUCCCCAUGGCCUUUCUCUGGGACCUCAGUAUGAACUAUGGAGCCAUCCUGUUCUUUUACCUUAAAGUACAUAGUAACUCCAACAUUUGCCACCUAAUUCAGAAAACUCUCAUAUUCAGGGGCCAUUGGGACAGUGAGUCAUAGAAAAGAGUAUUCAUUUCAUCUAACUUGUUUUUAGAAAUCAGCAAACAAGAGCUGCCUUAUACGCAGAAGUCUUUGGGAAACAUGGCCUACUGCAACACUUAUCAAACUUUAAUGUGCUUGCAAAUAACUUGGGCAUUUUGUUAGGUAGAUACUGAUUCUGUAGAUGUCACAGAGGGUCUGAGAUUCUGCAGGCUCCCAACUAAUAACAACACUGCUGUCAGGUAGGAGUGUACAAAACUGUUCGUCAAAUUUGGCUACACAUUGGAAUCACCUGAGAAGUUAAACAAACUAUUGGUGUGUGGGUCCCACCUCAGAGGCUGACUAAAUUGACAGUAUGAUUUUUAAGUUCCCUGGGUGAAAUUAUCGUACUGCAAAGUUUGAGAGCCUCUGGUCUACAAUAUGGAAAACAUAAACAGAGAAUAAAAUUAAUUAGGCUAAUAGACUUAAUUCUGGGGAUCCUAGAUUUCCUCAAGUAUCUUGCUUUUAUUUGAAUUUCUCAGUAUAUAACACAGUGCUUGGUAUAUAAUAGGUCUAAUAAAAGUUGCCUAAAUUGAAUUCCAUAGUUUUUGUCCCCACCUCUGAAAGCUGGCCUUACUAGUUGACUCAAAGCCUGUGAAAUGGGUCUAAAAUCAGACUAGUUAGAUAAGCUCAUCAUUUGGCCUGACAAAGUCCAGAAUUAUCGGGCCUGAGUUUAUUUCUUUGCCUAUUAGACAAACCAAAAAAUAUGCUCAAGGAAAGUGACUGUAAUUGAUUUCAGGUAAUUUACCCCUUCAGGAAGACAGAAAUGCUUCUCUCCGAGAUGGAAGGUGCUCUUGGAAGCUGUUUUGUUCAGCACUAAAGCUAUGCUACAAGCCUCACAAAAGCUGAGAUAAACCCUUUCAACAGGCAAAUCAGCUGGCAGGAAAACCAGCUUCAGAGUAAUGGAGCUUUAAACAUUUUCUGGGGGCACCUGGAUGGCUCAGUUGGUCAAGGAUCUGACUUUGGCUCAGGUCAUGAUCUCACAGUUCCUGAGUUUGAGCCCCACAUUAACAGCACAGAGCCCACUUUGGAUCCUCUGUCUCCCUCUCUCUCUCUCUGCCUCUCUCUCUCUCUCUCUCUCUCUCUCUCUCUCUCUCUCUCAAAAGUAAGUAAACAUUAAAAAACAAAACAAAA